CCCUCCGUAAGGCCCUGGACCUGCACCGAACACCGCCUUCGGCCCUGCUCCCUGGCGGCAGCGGCCUGACGGGAAGCCUGAGUGGAAUGCGGCUGACGCGGAAGCGGCUCUGCUCGUUUCUCAUCGCCCUGUACUGCCUAUUCUCCCUCUACGCCGCCUACCACGUCCUCUUCGGGCGCCGCCGCCUGGCGCCGGCCGGGUCUUUGCGGGGCCUCAGGAAGGGGGCGGCCCCGGCGCGGGAGAGACGCGGCCGAGAGCAGUUUACUUUGGAAAGGGAAGAAUGGAAUCCUUGGGAAGGAGAUGAAAAAUAUGAGCAACAACACAGACUUAAAACUAGCCUUCAAAUAUUAAAUAAAUCCACAAAAGGGAAAACAGACUUCCAUGAACAAAUCUGGGGCAAAGCUGCCAUUGGUUUAUAUCUCUGGGAGCACAUUUUUGAAGGCUUACUUGAUCCCACUGAUGUGACGGCUAAGUGGAGAGAAGGAAAUUCAGUUGUAGGAAGAACACAUUACAGUUUUGUCACUGGUCCUGCUGUAGUCCCAGGGUACUUCUCCAUUGAUGUGAACAAUGUGGUACUUGUUUUAAAUGGAAGAGAAAAAACUAAGAUCUUAUAUGCCACCCAGUGGUUACUUAAUGCACAAAAUUUAGUGCAAACUCAGAAACUUCAGCAUCUUGCUGUUGUUUUGCUUGGAAAUGAACAUUGUAAUAAUGAAUGGAUAAACUGAUUCCUCAAAAGAAAUGGAGGCUUUGUGGAGCUGCUCUUCAUAAUAUAUGACAGCCCUUGGAUUAAUGAUGUAUAUGUUUUUCAGUGGCCUUUUGGAGUAGCAACAUACAGGAAUUUUCCAGUGGUGGAAGCAAGUUGGUCAAUGUUGCAUAAUGAAAGGCCUUACUUAUGCAAUUUCUUAGGAACAGUUUAUGAAAAUUCCUCCAGACAAGCACUAAUGAACAUUUUGAAACAAGAUGGGAAUGAUAAGCUUUGUUGCGUUUCAGCAAGAGAACAGUGGCAGCCUCAGGAAACUAAUGAAGGCCUUAAGAAUUAUCAAGAUGCUUUGCUACAGAGUGAUCCCACAUUGUGCCCAGUGGGAGUAAACACGGAGUGUUAUGGGAUAUACGAGGCUUGCUCCUACGGCUCAGUUCCUGUGGUAGAAGACGUGAUGACAGCUGGCAGCUGUGGAGAUGCAUCUGCUAACCAUAAUGCUCCUCUGCAGUUACUCAAGUCCAUGGACGCGCCCUUUAUCUUUAUUAAGAACUGGAAGGAACGUCCUGCUGUUCUAGAAAAAGAGAAAACUAUAAUUUUACAAGAAAAGAUUCAAGGAAGAAAAAUGUUACUUCAUUGGUACCAACAAUUCAAAACAGAGCUAAAAAUGAGAUUUACUAAUAUUUUAGAAAGUUCAUUUUUAAUCAACGAUAAAGGUUAAAUAUUAGUCAUCUUUUCAAGCUAAGCUCUCAUUUUUUAAAUAAUUUCAAAUACUGGGUGUGUAUAUGUGUUGUUAGGUAAUUAUUAAACUUAAAUUCUUUAAGUUACCCUUGGGGGCCCUGUUAUGUCUGUAGCAUUAAUAACCAAGUGCUUCCUUAUUGGGCCACUCCUGAAAAUGAAGUUAAAAUGUUACUCAAAUUCACUUUUACAAAGUUGAAGGAUUCAACAUUUAUCAACUCUUCUCACCCAUUUAAACCCACUCUAGGGAAGCAACAUUAUGUAGUAGAAAACACUGGGCUUUGGAGUCAGACAAAACCUGGGUUAAAGCCAUGCCUCUGCACCUACUAUCUGAGGACCUUGAGCAAGCCACCUAAUUGUGUUGAGUCUUGAUUUCUUUCCAUGUAAAAUGGAGAUAAUGGUACCUCAUAUGGCAGGAGCUGUUGUCUCCUCAUUAUGUGAAUGGCUGUAGAUGCUCAGUAAACAUAAAUUCCCCCGUGCUUUCUGAGACCUGGAGCUCCCACACAGGUGUCCACUUCAUCAGAAGUUACCAAAAAUAGUAACAAUUCAUGGAAGAGGGAAAAACAAAUGGCCAAUGAACAUAUAUGAAC